GGCGAGGAGUUUUAUUUUUGGCAUGGAAAAGGGGUAGGUCACCAUGUCCUGUUGCUCUGUUCUACUAAUCUUCCCCCAGCACACUCGGAGUUGGACCCUACAGCUGCACACUUAAUUGCACAGCAAUACUUGCACAGAUCAGGAUCAUCUCUUUUCUCUAGAUUUAUCGUGUUGAAAUGCUGAUGGCUUUAAGUUAUGGUAGUCAGCCUAAUCUGCUUCCACAGCAGUACCCCCCUCCUCUACUGCCAAAACCAGGCCGAGACAAUGCCCGCCUGCAGAAACUUCUGAAGAAAAGCGCCAAAAAGAAAGUCGGCUCUUCCUCUCAGACACCCAUCCCAUUCAGGUCGAGCUUGUCGCCAGUCAAUGAGGCCAGCCCUGAUCUGGAACACAGUGAACACUCCACCCCUCCAAGGACUCCAGAAACCCCUCUCUUCAGCAGGACCCUCGACUCUCAAUAUCCCUCCAGUAGCCCGUUUUACCGUCACUCCUCCUCCCCAUACUUAUACCCUGCCAACAGCUCACACUACAGCUCUACGCCCACACUGUCCGCUCAAUUGUACUCUUACCCUGCCCGAUCACUGGAGCACCAGAUAGCACCUCUAUACACAUGCUCAUCUAUCCUUUUUGAUGAUGACACAGAACAGGCCACAGACGCUGACCAAGAUACGGCCUUUGAGAUAGCCUAUAGUCAAAUGCUUCAGUCCAGUUCCUCAAGAGAAGGGACGAUGCAUGGCACAUUUGGUGAACUACAGACCUAUCAAGCCCCAGUACAAAUACAAGCUCCCCCUCUGGCUCCAGUUCAACCUCCCGCUCCAAAUUUGACAUCGGUCUGUGCGCCGGGUUACCAGACACAACCUUCAAUCUCUCAGGUUCCAGUGAGCCAAUCCAACGGGGAAGGAUAUAAAAACGUUGCACCUGCACCCAUUACUCACACACCUCUCAUACAUAAUCAGCUCAUGGAAAGAGCUGGGUCACACGUCAAGACUUCCACGACAGAGAAAAUAUCUGCUUUUCCACAAACGAGGAUUUAUACUCCAAAAACUUCCUUUUAUGAGAUAUCAAAACCACCUAUUCAGGACUCCUGGAUACGUGGUUCAACUUUUCAAGGAGAAGUACUAUUUAAUGCAAAAAAUCCUGUGAUAGAUGUUAAUCAAAAUUCAGGGAUGCUAUCUGAAUCUCAAACACCUUCUAGUCACAUAAAUACAUAUCUAAGCCCAGUUACCGGGGCAAAAAGACCUGUUCUGGAGGCCUCUACAGAUAAGCAGCCCUUGUUUGCAUUUGACUCUACAUUAUCCAACACAAUGGUCUCUACAGAAAACCAAAAGGGGAUCAUACCUCAAAAUCACUGGCUCCAGCCUUCUUCAUUGACUAGUGACUAA